CAUAUAUACAUGCAUACAUACAAUUAAAUAUAUUUAUCCCGGAAUGCACCACUGAGUAGCAGGUGUGCGCCCUUUCUUAUCAUCAGUCGGCGUCCCACCUUGGCGUUGGUCGGAAUUAGCCCUGCUACUCGAUUGACAAAUGCCUCGAGUAGCACUCGCUCUCCAAUUCCAGACCGAUCGACAAGUCCUCCCGUUUCUGCUGGCGAGUCGGACUUAUUCCUCAGUUUUAACAACUUUGAUACAAAAUCUAACUUCACCUUACCUUCCCCAACUGACUGGAGGAACAUUCAUUACCACUGUCAAAAAUUAAUACUGUUUUUUAAGGUAAUCGCAUUAUUUUUUUACCAGAAACAUCGGGUUAAAUUUAGUUAGAAUAGUUUCCGCCGACUGAAAUGAAAUUGUAUAAGUUAGAGACGGAAUUUGCAACAAUUGAAUAAAUGUUGAAAUCCGUCUUGGUUGAGACUUCAAUUGUUUUGAAAAUUACAGGAAGAUGAAAUUCUUAAGUACUCUGCCCUUGCCUCAUCCCAAUUUUGGCGAAAUUGCAGAAAAUUAUUUGAGAAAUUGUCGACGACAGAAUUACGUAGGUGGUAACUUUUGCAGUAGCAGCUACAGUACUACGACUACUACAUGCUGGACUCCAAUACAAGCUGGCAAUACGAGGACAUCAAACAGGGGGGAUGGCUGCUUUCCGAUUCCGAAUGCCAAUACUUCAUAUAAAAAGGACUUUGAAAUCGGCGUAUGGGAGCCGCCCACAGAAGCAGCAAAUGGACGAAAUCGAAUAUCUUCUUAUCCGAAGAAGACAUCUGAGCAGACAUUGCUUAAUUGUAACAGGGAUCGUGAUCAAUUCAGAGCUUCCACUAAAUUCAGUCAAGUCAAUUGCAGUGAUAGGAGAAGGAAUUCCUCGCCAAUUGUAUAUCGCGAAGGAGACGCUCUGGACAAAUGGCUGGACGACAUCCUGGUGGAAUACCACGUUGAUUUCUUCAUCCCUCGGCGUCAGGAAACGGCUAAUUUCAAAGUCUUGAUUGGAAUGAAGUUCACUGGACACCCGUCGUGGGCCGUGCUGAGUCACUUUUUUUAAUUAUCCAGAAAUGACCUCUAUUUUAUUUUUUACUCAAUGUUCUGGCAUGAAUUAAAUGAACAAGAUUAACUGUAAUAUUCGUAUAAUUAAUUAAUAAACUCGGGAGGAAAGCUUCACUAUUGCCCCUCUCAGAUUUCGAGGUCCUUUGGAUAUGUUGUAGUUCCAGGUGAGUAAACUCUGACUCCAAAUAGCCUGAUGCCAUACGCACAUUUGCGCCCAGCACACCCACCCAAAGGUGCAAAAGUUAAGAAAAUCAACGUCUCUGAUAGGACUUUGCUUCUCAUAAUUUUUUCUGCUUUGAGUGGGUGUGCUGGGCGCAAAUGUGGCUAUGGCAUCUGGGGGUUCUUGCUCACUCAUCGGGUACUGCAACAUAUUCAAGGGAACCGAAAUCUCAGAAAGGCAAUAGUGAAACUUUCCUCCUCAGUGCAUUUCAUGUAUAUUAUACAACUGAGAAUUAUUUAUUAUGUAGUUAUUAAUUCCAAACAAUUGUACCGUAAGCCGCACAAAUGUAUUAUUUUUUUAUGGUCAAAUAAAUUUGUCACUACUUAUACUACAAAAUCUUUU